AUGACUUUCUUCGGACGCGUCGAGUGGCUGGCGGUGCCGCGCCACCUUCCGGCCGUGCUGGCGCGCCACUGCGCGCUCGUGUUCACGGGCCGCGUGCGACUGGCGCGUAACCUGCUGCAGACGGUGGUGCGCAACUGGUACGCGCGCGAGCCGCGCCUGGUCGCCACCUUCCGCCGGCUGGUGGAGAACGCGCGCGCCAUGCGCGCCGCCCUCACCGAGGGUGACCUGCAGGCGGUCGGGGACCGCAUGAACGUCUACAACAGCCAGAAAAACGAGCUGACGCCGUCGGCGCUGCCGGAGGUGGUGCAGAAGAUCCUGGUCACGCUGCGGCCGCUGCUACUCGGCGCCAACUGUGCCAACUACGCCGUCUGA